AUGUCGCCUCCUUGUCACCUCCCCGUCGCCUCGUCGACGCGUCCCCUCCCCGUCGCCUCCGCAUCGUGUCCCCACCCCGUCACCUCCCCGUCGCGCCCCCUCCCAGUCGCCUCCCCGCCACGUCCCCUCCCCGUCACCUCCCCGUCGCCUCCCCGUUGCGUCCCCUCCCUAUCGCCUUCCCGUCGCCUCCCCUUCCCCUCCCCGUUGCCUUCCCGUCGCCUCCCCGCCACCUCCCGUCGCCUUCCCGCCACGUCCCCGUUCCUCCCCCGUUGCCUCCGGUCCCCUUUCCGUAGCCUCCCCGUUGCCAGCUCGUCCCCUCCCCGUCGACUCCUCAACCGCCCAGUACCGCACUCAACCGCAAUAGACUACCCGUGCUACCCGUACUACCCAUGCUACCCGUGCUACCCGUGCUUCUCCGUGCUACCCGUGCUACCCCCCGUGCUACCCAUGCUACCCAUGCUACCCGUGCUACCCAAGCUACUCGUACUACCCGUGCUACCAGUGGUGUACGUACUACCCGUGCUAGAAGGCCCCGUGGCCCCCCAACUAGAAGGCCCCGCGGCCCCCAGCUAG